AUGGCACCAUUGAUCACAAUGCAAAAGUCGCCCGAAAGAGCAUUUGCUCUGCAGAAAUAUCUGCUCCUUCACUCUCAGCAUGAUGCCCUCCAAAAGCACAUCAACAAAGUCACUGCUUCCAUCCCCGAAAGUCCUACCGGAUAUACCGAUCGUCAACGCAACUCUUCCGUCUCUUCAGACUCCAGUUUCGCUAGCGAUGCAUCCAUUUCACCUCUCAGUCGCAGAGGCAGUCUCCCGCCCUCUUUCGGCCACACACAACAUCUUCACCGCGAGGAAAGGAUCAAUUCACUACCAGCGAUUGUAGAUGAAACGGUCAUUGAAGUGAUUGAGGAAGAUGAGCAAAAAUUGAAGAAUGUGAAUCAACAAAUCAAGACUGCCUUGACUGAUCUACUCAACUGUGAGAGUGUAAAGGGCGAUGUCAGAUAUAGGAAAUGGGUUCAAACACGAUUGAUGGACACGGAAAGAGAAUUGAAGGAGCGCAGAACGAGAAGUUGUGAGAGGAGAAGAAGCGAAGACAUGAGUCUUUGA